UUAGGAAACUUAACGUCCCCUCGUCUCUCUCCCAAAACCUCCCUUUCUCUUUCAAUCUCUUAUUUUUGGUAUUUAUUUUUUAAAAAAUGGCAAUUUCUGGAUCCAGAAAAUUUCUAUCACGAAGCUUUUCGACACUUUCUCCUCAUCCAUUACGCGUCUGCAUUGUCGGAAGCCGUGCCGACGGCUUCUACACAGCCGAAAAGCUGUUGAAGACACAUCAAGGAUCACAAGUUGACAUCAUCGAUCGGUUACCUACGCCCUUUGGAUUGGUACGCUCCGGUGUCGCACUUGAUCAUCUCGAAACUAAGAAUGUGAUUAAUCAAUUCUCUCGGGUUGCGCAAAGGUGCAUGUUUCUGGGGAAUAUCACUCUUGGGUCUUCCAUUUCUCUCGCAGAGCUUCGGGAACUUUAUCAUGUUUGAAUUUAAUUGACCAGGUUGUGCUUGCAUAUGGAGCCGAAAGUGACAGUUCUAAGCAUUCCAGGGGAAAAUUGUGCUGAAGAGUAUUGGCUAUAAAUCAGUGCCAGUGGAUGGUUUGCUGUUUGAUAAUCAGAAAGGUGUGGUUCCAAAUAUCAAAGGUCGAGUUCUAUGUGAUAAUUCAAGAGAUCAUACAUACAUGAGAAUGGAUUGUAUGCCUGUGGGUGGUUUAAAAGAAGACCAACAGGCAUUCCUGCUACAAACCUAUACCGUGCUGAGGAAACUGUCAAGUUCUCUCAUGUUGCCUAAACAUAUAUUUUGAGUCUGUUUUUAAGGACCGUUUCCAGCUUUGUUGGUUGUAACGUUUAAGCAUCUUACCAAGAGUUGCAUGUAGUUGCCAACGGCGCCAUUGUUAUGGUAGGUUGCAAGCGUAUCAGAAGAUCUUGAGCAAGGAGUCUUAGCAUCAACAACCAGCUUGUCGAAACCUGGAAGAGACUGACUCCUCCAGAUUUUGGACAAUAGAAAUGUCAGAGUGUACCAUUCAGUGCUUGGGAAAGGAUUGAUGAGGAAGAAAAGAGACUAGGGAAUUUGAGAAAUAAACCCAGAGAAAAAUUGACUGCAUGGGAAGACCUACGGAAUGCUGCCUCGGAAUGAAUGUGCCCUUUCUCUAGUUAAACACAUCCUUUUUCUUAUACUUUCAUGCUGUGAGAUAUAUAUAUUUUUCUGGUGAAAAGGAAAAAUCUAUUGUAAUUGUCCCUUGUAAUUUGUUAAUUUUUCUCUAGCCUUUUGAAACAAAAUAAAAAAGUUGAGGUCAGAGGACAUGAAAAUGAAAAUCCCUCAAGCUACAGUCAUCACAUUGAAUUGUUAAAUGAAAUCUGAACCUUGAAGUUUAUUCCGGUUAAUUUGUGGGUUUUUCUCAUACAAUUUAUUGAACGAACAUUAUUGUCUCUUUAUUGCUGAGAGAGACAGAACUUGCAAACUGGAUUAACGAAGAGUGAUCCAUCGGGUAAUUUGAGCCGUAUUUUGUUUUCAGUUUCUUGAUUUGGUGAUUAAGAAUAUUUAAGAAGACAUGUAAAAUAAAAAUUCAAAAUUUAUCAUCUCUAUCCUUUAUCAUGUGAGAUAAAAAAAAAAUUGUCAUCCUGUAACGGACCAUGUAGACACCACUUUCUCCAAAUUCAGCCCACAUUAUUGGGCCAUGCU